UCAACGGCUGUAUGCCACCGUAUAUAUUAUCUAUCAGUCUCCAAAAGACACAUCCACAAAGCACUCGGUGGACAGAGAUCCGGUGCUUCUUCCGCCAGCGCUACAGGUGACUUGUGUGUGAGUUUUAGAUUUAAAGUAAAAUCCAAAAUCAAGUUGUUACUUCCCCACUGGACAAAGAAACAUCAACUCAAAGUCUAUCAAAGGGUAUCUGUACAGCUUAUGCGCGUAUAUUAUUUGUGUGUGUGUGCCUUUAACAGUACUUUCAUAUUCGUUUACUCGAUUCAUUUUUGCGUCUCCCACUUAAAACGAAAAAUGAACGCCAGUGGCAGCCAUCAGUUAGAUAUUAUUUUAACACCAAACGGAGAGGUGCAAAAACCAAUUUCUUUGGACAUCUUCUUGAUAAUCACUAAACUCAUCAGCGCUUUCAUCGGAAUACCUCUCAACACCUUCAUCGUCCUCAUUAUCAUCCGUUUACGUCGACUUCACAGCAAACCUCGUAAUAUUUUCCUACUGGCCAUGAUUAUCUCCAACUUGUUGCUCUACUUCCCAUCUCUCAUUGAAUUGAUUUAUUGGUUUUUGCCGCUAGAAAAUGUGUGUCGAUCUUACGUGGCUGUUAUUGGUUUGCCGAAUGCUAUUCUCUUGUGGAACAUGUUCCUAGCUCUAGCCGACAGGUACGUCGCUAUCAAGUAUCCGUUGAAGCACAGGGAGAAAGUGACCGUCCGUCGCGCAAUUGUUUUUCUUUUUAUCAGCACUGCUGUGCUGAUAUUCAUCAUGAAGUUCAUUUUCAUCGUUGGACUUGCACCAAUCGGCUGCGAAAUAUGGUUCGUUCAUAGUAAAGUGAUUGGGACGACCGUAUUUGUGCUGUUUGCAUCGUGCAUCGUUACUCACUUCAUCGUCUACCGACAAACGAAGAUGCUUCUCCAAGAAUCACGAAGAGUAAAGCCUAAGACAAGCUAUAAAGGAAAGAGCGUCACGCAAGCAGAGCGUAACGAAAUGUUUAAUGAGCCUGUCGAUCAGCAAAUCGUCACGAGGGACAUUGAGUCGAUUAACCCAGAAAUUGGCGGACUUCAUGCGGAAGCAAAUCCAGCGGCAGCAGAAAAUCAAGCGAGAGCCAUCGUCACUAAUGAUUCACAUCAUUCUAAUACCAGUAUGGUUAUCCACGUGAAUAUUGGGACCCUCAGUCAAAUGGAAAUGGAAGCUACACGAACUUUGAUUGCCGGUGUGACGUCGUUAUUUGUCAUGGCGAGCCCUCCUUUACUUUUCUUCUUGAGUGUUUUUCUUUGUCGACUGACCGGACGUCCGGAAUGUACUAGUAUGACCUGGCUGGCUCCGUAUUUUCGGGAAGUCACCUCAGUCUGGGCAGUUUACAAUCCACUGUUAUGGCUUUUCAGGAAUGGCGAAUUGUGGCUAGUUUUGAAAACGAAAAUCGACAGUUUUUCGAAGAAUCAUUAGAAUUACAUAUAUUCGUGAAUACACGUUCUUAUGUUGCCAAAUUCAGGCAUAUAUUUCUCUGAAGAAAUCCCUGCUUUGCUAGAAAAGAGGCUUUACAUUUGAUUCUGAGCUAACCCUGAAGCUCAAGGACUUGUUUUCUUACCAUCGAGCAAUCCAAGAUUAGACCAGAAGAGCCUUUCUAUUUUUGCCUUACUUAGACAAUAAAUUUGGCUGAAUCGACGAAUUUUACUCAGAUUGCAUGAUACUAAUCUCCAGCACAAUGUAGACCAAUAAAUAAAUGGGUUUCACUAAAUUCAGCCUACUAGACGACGAUAAAAACACAAAUCUAUAAUAAGUAUGUAUGGCCACCUUAAAUUGAGGAGUUAAUACGCAUCCCUCAGAAAAAAUUUAAUAAUAAUCCCAAGGUAAAAUAAAAAAUUGCUGUUUAAUGAAUCCAGCUUAUUCGUUCAACUCAACGUCAAACUCGCAUUUGUGCCAAGUUAUUAGAUACACGAAUCGAUGGUGAAAGUUACUCAUCAUCAGCGGUACGUUUACGAUAGAAAUUUUUCCUUUCAAGUGGACUUUUCUUUAUUCAUUGGUGGUGUCUGGUUUUUUAACAUCAGAAAAAUCUGCUAUCGCAAUAUUUUCGUAAUCCCCCGUAAUCCCAAUCUUUCUUUCGACGAACUUCAUAUGUGAGGGUUUUACAUCAAUUUUCAGGUGUUUUUGUGUUUACCUUCUAAGCCGAUUACUGACUGAAAAUCAAAUUCUGCUGUUGAUGUCUGAACGGUUGUCGAGUAUCUUUUGAAUUGCUUUCUUCGUCGACUCCUUACCCACUGGUUUCUUAGAAUCCUUAUAUGCAAAACCGAGUCAACUAUCGAGUGCCAUAUCAUAUGGCACUCGAUAGUUGUGCCAUUGAGAGUAGUCGCAUGUGGCCCAUAUGCGACUAUACUCUCAAUGGCACUUUCAAUCGGAUGGGCCUCAGCUAUAUCGCUGGCAUCUUAGGCCUGAUGUUAUGGUUUCACCUGAUGCCUCAAUCUCCGGUGUCAAUGCGAUAUCUUCUUACACGUCCUCGGGAGCAUCAGACUUUUCAGCCUUCGACUUGCGUUCCAUCGCGUCUGCAUUUGAUGUUAUUCAAUUUCUCAUCAUCUGGAUUUGUAGGGUGUGAAAAACUGGAUCAACCACUGAGUGUCACAAACGAAUCCAAUUCUUCAACAGGCUUUUUAAUUGUCCAGUUAUUCUGGAUGGAAAAUUAGAUCCACCACCGAAUGUCGCACUCAACUUGUCGAAAAAGUGCACCUUUCUUGUCCGUUUCGUUGUCUUUCUUGCUGCGCAACACUGUGUGAAAACGCUUGUCGUAAUUGGCCGCGAGGUUUGGGUCUGGUUUUGAACGGUUUCAAUUUCACACUGGGUUUUGAUCCGGGCAAUGAAGUUUUUGGGUAACGACUAGCUUUUGCCUGUUGAUUUUUGCCGAGCUAUUUCAGUGUGGGCGGAGUAGUUUUCCCUCAGUGGGAUAAGGACAGCAUUGGCAGAAUCAACCGAUACUGACGAAGCGUUCUCUUCCGGGAUGAUCGGCUUAACGA